AUGCUGGGCGGCCAAUUGCUAUCCCACCUCUCCUCCACUGCUCCCCAGCAACCUGCUAACCUAAUCCGCUCCCCACGGCCCCCCUUUCCCCUUGCUUUCCCCCCUACCUCCGCUCCCAUUAGCUCCGCGCCCUCCCCCUUCCCCAUGCAUUCUAGCUUCCCCCCCGCCUUUCAGCAAGCGGGAACGCUGGUGCCGAGCCAAGCGCCGAACCAGCUGCCAAGCCAGCCCAUGGCUCGGCCGCAUUUUGCCCCUGUGGUAGGCCAAUCAGGGCCGUCCACGUCAGCAGGGCAGUCCACGGCGAUUCCUCUGUUAGGCCAAGGAUUGGUUCCUCUUCCUUUUCCGAGCACUGUAGCAGCCGGCACUGUAACGCACAGUACUGUAGCGAGUACUGUAGCACCGGUUGUAGCUGCUCCUACCUCUGCUGCUACAACUGGUCUUCUCUGCAUGCCUUCUGCUGCACCAGCAGCAGCAGCAGCGGCACCUGCAGUGAGCAAGCCAGCAGCAGCGUUUGCAGGGCUGGAUCUAAACGCCUGUCCAGAUGACGCCACUUCCCUCUCCUCGCCCACCUCCCUCGCUGCCACCGCUGCUGCCAGUGCGGAUGCACCUGCUGCUACAGCUGCCGCCACAGGCCCCGCUGUUACAGCCGGCCCUGCUGCGGCCGCUCCGCAAACGUCUCCUGGGUUUGCACCUGGGAUGGGGGGAGGGGUGAGGGGCCCCAUGGGGCUGGUUUUGCCACCCCAGUACAACGCCCCCUUGGGAACUGGCGCUCACUAUAGCAAUGCUAUGGGAGCAGCAGCAGCAGCAGCGCCCGUGACAGGAGCACCACAGUACAGCGUUCCAAUGGGCCCAGGCGUGCCUGUGACUGCGCCCCAUCCCAUGGCCCCCCAGUUCGUUCCACCGCUCCAUACCGCUCCCCACGUGCCUCCACCGCUCCAUACCGCGCCCCACGUGCCUGCACCGCUCAAUACCACAAGCUACUCUGCUGCGGCACACUCACAACCCCAACACAUGCGCACAGGCCCGCCCCAUCUGCUCUCCAUGCCGCCCGCGCUGCAUGCUGUGCCGCCCGUGUCUGCCGCCCUUGCUCCCCCUGCCACACUUGCUCCACCUGCUGCCCCUGCUGCUGCUCCUGCUGCUGUUCAUUCCGCAGCCACUGCUGAUGCUGGUGGCGGAAGCAGCAGUGGUGGUGGUGGUGCUGCUGCUAGUGGUGGUGGCGGUGGUUUCGGGUUUGAGUUGGAUCUGAACGCGCCAUUAGACGAGGACGAAGGUGAUGCUCAAGGUCAGAAUGACGGCCACUUUGAAGGUCAGCUCGAAGCUCAGUUUGAUGCUAAAGCACGGGGUGAAGCGGAGGAUGAAAGAGAAGUAGAAAUUGGACGUGAACGUGCAGAUGGUGGUGCUGACUCAGCGCGAGGUGGUGCUGACUCAGUGCGAAGCGGUGCUGACUCGGGCAGGGACCACAGCACGGUCACUGAUGCGAGCGGUGCUGCUCUGAGUGGUGGGGGCGAGAGAGGGGCGGGAGGAGGGGGUGGGGCAGAGGAGAAGAGCCUGGGGAAGGAAUCAAGUAGUCCUAGGAGGGAUUUCCUGCAUGAUCUCAAUAUGACUCAGGAGGAGGGGGAGGUGGGGCAGGAGGAGAGGGAGGGAGGACUGGAAGAGGGGAGCGAGAGAGGGGUGGUGGGCGGGCAGGGAAGGGGAGAUGAUGGGCGAAGGAAGGGGUUUAUGGUGGAUAUGAAUAUGGCUUUGGAUGGGGAGGAGGGCGGGGAGGAAGGGACAGUGGGGGGAGUUGCUGGGAGUGAGGGGGUGGAGAGUGAGGGGGUGGAGAGUGAGAAGGUGGAGAGUGUGGGGGUGCCUGGUAAAAAUGGAGGGGAAUGGGGGGGUAGGGGAGAUGGGGAGAGGAGGGAGGAGAGGGGCAGGGAGGAGGUGGGUGAAGCAGGCGAGGGGAUUCAAGGGGAAGGGCAGGAGGUUAGAGGGGUUGGAGGAGAGGAGGCAGAGGCAGCGGAGGAGGCGGAGGAGGAGGAGAUGGGGGUGGAGGACACGGCUGGUGGCCCCUCCUCUGCCUCUCCUCCCCCUCGUGCCUCGGGAGCUGAAUCCACUGAUAAUGCUGGGGCUGAUGUUGGUGCCAUCGGUUCAGAGCAGGCAGCGAUAGUGGGGAGAAAGCUCACCGCCCUGCCUCCAUUCAGCAAGGCCGAAGGACUCGAUCUGCUUGACCUGGUAUGGUCGGCCCACGCACGCAACGAUCUCCCUUCUCUAGACGCCCUUCUCGCCCAGACCAUCGCCCUCUGCCAUCGCCACAUGGCCUUCCACGCCGCUGCUGUCUCUGCUCCUGUUUUCCCUUCUCACCUCUUCCUGCCUCUCCCCACCUCUCCCCAUCCCCCGUCCAGGGCUCGACCUCCUCGACCUGGACUCGACCUCCUCGACCUGGUGUGGUCAGCACAUGCACGCAAUGACCUACCCUCACUGGAUGCUCUGCUCGCCCAGACCAUCGCCCUGUGCCAUCGCCACAUGGCCUUCCAUGCCGCUGCUGUCUCUGCGGGUCCCUCCUCGCUGUCCCUCGCACAUGCCUCCCCCGCCGCCACCGCUGCUGCCCUUGCAUCGGCCCGCUACCACUACUGCUCGCUCGCGUUUGUUUCCAAGAAGAUUCCUGAAGCCUUUGGCGCUCCUAUCAGUGCUGAUGGCACCAGAUGCAGAGGACACAGACGGUUUUUGAGGCGUCUCUCGAAUUCAGAUUCAUCUUUCCGUCCGCCACUUUCCACCGCUUCCCUACUCCGCUUCCUUCUCCCACGUGCUUCCUCCUCCUCCAUGCAGGCGCUCUUAUCAGUGCUCAUGGCACCAGAUGCAGAGGACGCAGGAGCAGCAGGAGGGGGAGACCGAGGAGGAGCAGGAGGAGGAGGAGGGGGAGGAGGAGGAGCAGGAGGGGGAGGGGGAGGGGCAGGGGAGAGGGCGUUACGGAAGGCCACACCGGUGCUGCUACAGGCGCUUGCAUGCCGGCUGCUGCUGCGCGCCUUUGCUGCUCGCCCCCGCUGGCCCGUUGCUUUCCUAGAGGCCUAUCUCAGCGAUGCCUGUGGCCCACGCCACUGGGUAGACCUGGACACCUGCAGGGACUUCGUCUCGGCCAUCUCUGCCUGCCUGCCUCACUCCCUCGUCGCUCCUCCCCCCGCCCUGCUCCGCCCUCUCGCUGCCCCACCUGCUGUCGCUAUUGCUGCUCGUGCUGCUGCUGGUCCUGGUGGUGCUGCUGGUUCUAGGAUUUCGGCUGCAGCUGAUUCGGCAGACUCUGGAGGGAAAGGGCUGAAGGGGAGGGCGGGAGCAGGGGGCCCUCCUCGCUCCCCUGCUGUCAGCACCAGCAGCGUUGGUGGGGGGAGCGUGAGCGGUGGUGCUGCUGCAAAGAAAGGGGCGUCAGACACUGCCACGUCAUCAGAGAGGCUCGGAAGCAUCGGCUUGGAUCGGUUUGGAGGUUCGGAAACCGAGGCUGAGAUAGAGCGGCUGUUUGUGGGCAGCAUUCAGCGGAUGGUCAGCUCCGGUAGCAGCAGAGAGAAUCCGAGGCACCUCAUCAGGUGUGUGGGUGGCAGCAGGGAGGGGAUUGAGUCGGAUAUCAAGUGGUGGGAGGGGGGCAGUGGGGAGGCAAGUGUGGGCUGCUGGUGCUGGGAGCAGGAUAUCUUCUGGCUGCUAGUUCUAGGGGCGGGGUAUCCGCUGGUGAGAGUGCAGGCGGCCUCUCUCCUCCCCCCAUGGCUCUCCUCUACUGUCCACGCCCGCUCUGCUCGCCUGCUGCUGGAACGAGUGAUAGCUCUUACCCGCGGCACCAGUGCUGCUGAUUGGCGCACAUUAGAGCACCUGCUGAGCAUCAAGGCGAAGGGGUCGCAGCAGGGAGGCAGCACACUGCCCAUGGAGAUAGUGGCUCAGGUCGUCAACAUUCGUCCUGAAUACGCUGCCUUUGUCAUCAAGGCCCUUCUUAUGUGGGAGAGUCGAAAGGAGUCGCCUCACCACAUGCGAGUGCUUGCAGCAGCAGUCAGAGCGAUGGUCGCGGGGAAGGGGGAGGGGACGGAGAUUCUUUCAUGCACCUCACAUUACACCACUUACACUCCUGUUUCUUUUCCCGUGUCCCUCUCUCAUCUCGCCCAGACCCUUCUGCUGUGGGAGAUUCGAAAGGAGUCACCCCACCACAUGCGUGUGCUGGCAGCAGCUGUCAACCCUUCUGCUGUGGGAGGUUCGGAAGGAGUCGGCCCAUCACAUGCGAGUGCUGGCGGCAGCAGUCAGAGCGAUGACUGGGGGGGAAGGGGAGGGGACGGAGGAGUGCUGCAGGUGAGGCCAAAACUCCCUUGCUCCUUCCUAAUCUCCCUUUUCCCCACGCUCUCGUCUCAAACUCCCACGCUCUCGUCUCAAACUCCCACGCUCUUGUCUCAAACUCCCACGCUCUUGUCUCAAACUCCCACGCUCUUGUCUCAAACUCCCACGCUCUUGUCUCAAACUCCCACGCUCUCGUCUCAAACUCCCACACUCUUGUCUCAAACUCCCACGCUCUCGUCUCAAACUCCCACGCUCUCGUCUCAAACUCCCACGCUUUCGCCUCAAACCCUUCCCUCUCGCCUCAAACUCCCACCCUCUCCCUUUCCCUACUCCUCUCUCCCUUCCCCACAUUCCUCUCUUCCCUCCCCACUCCCCUGUCCUUCUCCCUUUUUCUGCCCCUUCUCCCCUCCUCUGUCCGCCAUCAGGAGUUCUCACACGCCAUCAGGAGUUCUCAGAGUUCUCAGUGGAUCCAACGCUCAACCCGCACCUCCCAGCCCUCGCAACCAAGCUGCUCCGUAUGCAGGCGCAACCCACGUAUGCCUGUAUGCAUAUGCGUGCAUCUGUGCAGGUAUGCAGGCGCAACCCACGUAUGCCUGUAUGCAUAUGCGUGCAUCUGUGCAGACCGAGACAGCCCCCUCCUGCGCCAACCACCCCCCCACCACAGUGGUCGUGUUUCAGCCGAGUCAGAAGCUUGUUCUCCUGCCUUGUGUUCCUGCGCCCUUUUCCCUCCUCCCCCCCAACACACCAGACGGAGGCAGUGACCUGACGGAGGCGGUGACCUGGUGUGCCACGGUGGUGGCAGCCGACUGCAGCACCCUCUGCCCCUCGCACCUGCCCUCUGCACCUGCUGCUGCUCAGAAGCUCCAAAAGCAGCAGCAGCAAGGAGUGAAGCAGGAAGAAGGGGAGGCAGUAGGAGCAGGGGCAGGGGCAACAGAGGCGGGGAUGCGUGCGAUUCAAAUGGGUUCAGAGGGGUUCGGUGCGGUGGGGAUCGGUGUGACCAUCUUUGAUCUGCUCCGCUGUCAGGAUGCGGCCAUGCAAAUGCUGCUGCACCUGCUGGUGCGAGCUGCUACAGUGCCCUCCCUCUGGGCGGGAAGGCUUGUCGUUUCUGGCCCUCAGCUGUCAGCAGCGAUAUUCAAGCUCGCCUCAGUGGUCCUGCCGCGCCCUCUCCUCGCCCUCCACCCGCCUCCUCCCAAGCUGCUCGCUGCUCGCCGCUUCUGGCAGGCCUGCUGUGCCGCCGUCCUCAUCACUGCCCUCUCCGCCUCACCCCCCUCCCUGCCUCCUCCUCCUCCUCCCACUCCUCAACCUUCCUCUGCUCCUCCUCCUCCUGCUGCGCCCUCUUCAAGUGGCGGCAGUGGCGCUGGUGGCUGCUUCCCAUCGUGCCAGUCACCAACAGUGCAGCGCAUGCUGGAAGCACUCUUCAUGCACCAUGUGCCAUCCGUCACCAAAUCACAGCACGCCACGUGGCAGAAGCAAGCCGAGCAGGACACCCAGGCCUCAGCCCUGCUGCGCCGUCUGCUCUCCUCCUCCCCACCGCCUCCCAUGAAGCAAGAAUGGCACGAAACUGCUGGUCUGGGAUCAGGAGCAGCAGCAGCAGGGGAAGCAGAGGGUGGGGGCAACAGGGCGGGGGCAGCAGCAGCAACAGGAGGCUUGGCGGAGGUGCCUGCAUGGCUGGAGGCGGAGAUGGGGGAGGAGCUGCUGCUGCAGGAGGGGGAGGGGGAGGGGGAGGGCGCGGGGGAGCGGGGAGGCGGGAGGGGGGAGAGGCAGGGGAAAGAGGGCUCAGGGGUGAGAGAGAGGGGCCACACAUUCACACGCAAGAACGGAUCCAUUCCUUUUGAGAAUUCUCAAAAGCGGCUGUUGAGGCAAGCCUUUGGCGCCUCUGCUCUGGAAGGGCUCAUUCAUGCACAGGUGAGAGAGAGGGGCCACACAUUCACACGCAAGAACGGAUCCAUUCCUUUUGAGAAUUCUCAAAAGCGGCUGUUGAGGCAAGCCUUUGGCGCCUCUGCUCUGGAAGGGCUCAUUCAUGCACAGGCACCGAUGAAAAAUGAUGUCUUUUCAGUAAGCCAUUUCCCUAUCCUUGCCGCUCCUCUCUCCCCCUCCUACCAGGGUGGAGUGGCAGCCUCAUGGUCAUGGCUGCACGGCUUUCUCUCGAGUGACCCGGCAGUGGUGGCUCAUCUGGCGCCCACCACUCAGUGCGCCAUACUCUACCAGCACUGGCGCCGGGAGGAUGCGUCCCUUCCCUCCUCCUCCCCUCCGCCUCUCUCCCCCUCCCACACUCGAAGCACGGUACAGUUGCUGCAAGCUGCUGUUGCCAGGGAGCUGCCCAUGGCACGGGCUGCUGCUCGCCUGCUCCUGCCAGCAGUUUCCUGUGCUGUGAUGCGAGAAACACACAUUCCCACG